AUGUCGACACGACAAAUUUUGUGGGCCUCUUUGGUGGUUGUGUGCUUAUUUUCAACGUCCAUCCUAUGGUUCUCUUGGUAUCGACUUUCAUUAAGGAAUCAUCGAGCUCCAAUAACUGAGCAUGUCAAACGACUGAUACGGACUCGUAUUGUUCGGUGUGGUGAAUCCGCAGCAUUAAAAAAGAAUCAUUCGGAAAUUCCAAAGAUCAUUUAUCAGACAUAUAUUCCUUCGUCAGAGGAUUUGUUGCCGACGGCCAUGAGAAAAGCAAUGAACUCUUUCAAAACCUUAAACGCAAAUUAUACUCACAAAUAUUUUGGUGAUUAUGAAGCAUUGCAAAUUCUAAUUGACAAUUUUGGAAAUGAUUCAGAUGAAGUGUUUGCAUUCAGAAAUUUAAUUCCAGGAGCAUUCAAAAUUGAUUUUUGGAGAUAUGCCAUGUUGUGGUUAUUUGGAGGAUUUUAUGCUGAUGCAGACAUGAUGUUGUUGGAACCAUUUGAGAAAUGGAUUUCACCAAAUUCAACUUUUGUCAUUCCUUUGGAAAAGAUUGGUUUUGGAUUUCACAAUGGUUUCAUUGGAAGUGUUCCAAAACAUCCAAUUUUACGAAUUGCCAUGGAUAUGGUUAUUUACAAUGUCAAGAACAAGUUUUAUCCCAGUGUUCCACACAAAAUAGUUCAGACAGGACACAUGGACCUUGCUGUGAGUGGACCCAUUCUGUUGGGAAAGGUCAUCAAUCGCUUCGUUAACGAACCAGAGGAGGUUCCUCACAACAUUCCCAAACUUCUAUCACAGCACGUUCAGCUCAUUGGAUAUUGUUUACAGGAUAACAAUGAAGAACAAGCAUAUUACACCAACUCAUUUGAAGCAUGCGAUGGAACAAAUUUCACCAAACUAGCCCAAGUGAAAUAUCCAGAUUUCGUUGAAGAACACAAAUCAUCGUCGACACAACGAUCCUACGGGCAUGUCAAUUUCCAACUCUUUCCUCAAGACGAAGAAGAUGUGUUACUGGAUUGUGGAGAUGGAUUAAUUCCGUUUUUGAAUUUCAAUUCCAUUCCCAAAAUUAUUCAUCAAACCUUUAAACCAGAAAGCGAGGAAGAGCUAGCUACGGAAAUGAGGAAGGCCAUGCAAACAAUGAAAAACUUGAAUAGAAACUAUGAACAUCGAUAUUAUGGAAAUAAGGCUGCCCUACGAAUAUUAACGGAUUACUUUGGAGCAGAUUCGGAUGAAGUCUUUGCCUUUGAGAAUUUAAUGCCAGCAGCCUUUAAGAUGGAUUUUUGGAGAUAUGCCGUGUUGUGGCUCUAUGGUGGUUUUUAUGCAGACGCAGACUUGAUUUUGAUGGAACCGUUCGACCAAUGGGUUCAUGCCAAUGCAACCUUUGUAAUACCUGUUGAGCUUGCACAGCCCUUGUUUGGAUUAAAUGUGGCAUUAAUUGGGAGUGUUCCUCGUCACCCUUUACUACGCAUUGCUAUGGACUUGAUUAUCUACAACGUUAAAAACAAAUACUAUCCAAGUGUGCCCAGAAGGUUAGAGAAAAGAAAUUGGAUACUCUCAGUGUUCGCAGUGACCGGUUCUGUCUUGAUGGGCAAGGCAUUCAACAGAUUUAUGAAUGAACCCGAAGAGGUCCCACAUAACCUUGCCUUAGCACAACAAUUGAACUUUCAAUUUCUUGGAUUUUGCAAGACAUCCACAAGGAAUGUCGAUCAAUUUUUCACCACUAUUCCCUUCCCAGAGAACAUUACUAUUUGCAAGGGAGACAAGGUAGCUCAAUUUCGAUAUGAAGGCUAUUUCAAUGAUCGACCUCAAGGAGGGUUACCGUUCACAACACUAUAUCGACUAAAGAAAGUGUACAAGAAUUAA